AACCAGGGCAGGUGCAUCGCCCCCAAACCGUGUUUCAAUUCCUCAAGCACAAAACCGUCAUUAAUAUUCGGGACUCGGACGGUUCAACGUCCCGACCUCCUCCGAGUCCAAAUUACUGGCAACGUUCUUGUUGUCCAUUUUCGCGUCGAUAGCAGCCACGUUGCGCUAGCAACAUGCCCCCCCACGACAUCCCCUCCCCGGUCGCUUCUGACGAAGAUGAUCUUGAGCGCUUUACGCCGGUGUUGGCCCUGCUUCAAUUGAGCGAGAUCCCGGGUGCGGCUGCCCGUCUCUGGGCGACCAAGAAUCCGGAGAAGACCCUCUCCGGGUUGCCAGUGGUUGGUGGGCCUCUACACGGGUCGUACCACAUUUUGUUCCCCGUCGAAUUCCCAGAGCAGGGCGCGAAAUGGCUGCUCAAGAUCCCCAUCAAUGGCGCCGCGGAGCAUUGGGACGAGCUCUCAGCCGAACAGCUGCAGUCAGAAGCCAGAACAAUGCAGUUUAUCAAACGACGCACAUCAAUUCCUCUCCCUGAAGUCUUCGGCUUCAGCACCAGCCUCGCGAACCCCCUCGGUUGCCCGCACAUCUGGCUCUCCUUCAUCCCCGGAGUCUCUCUCUACGACUUUUGGUUCAACACCCCACCCACCGCAGACGACGACGACGACGCCCUACACCGCCGGCGCAUCCAGAUCCUAAAAGACGUUGCGUCCGCCAUGGUCCAGCUCGGCCAGCUCCGCUUUCCCAAAGGCGGUAGGCUCGUAUUCGAUGCCGGCGACGACAACGGCGACCCAGUGGGCGUCGGCCCACAACGGCAGCUCGACGACGCAGCGUGCCAGAAACGCUUGAUGCGCGACCCGCCGGAUUACAUGCCCGUCUACUUCGCGGCCGGCCCGUUCAAGACGGCGCGCGAGUUCUACACCUGCCCGCUGGAGAGAGAGGCGAUGCCCCCCCUCGCCAUCCUAGCGGGCCAGCAGCGCCUACUACGGUUCCUACUGGACUGCAUGGCCGACUUUUUUGAGGGCGUCAAGGGCGGAGGCGAGGAGUUUGUUCUAACCCAUCCCGACUUCGACAUCCAGAACUUCAUCGUCUCGCCCACGGACGGGCGGCUAGUAGGCAUCAUCGACUGGGACGGCGUCGGCGCCUGGCCGGUAUCUCUGGGCAACCUGCGCUACCCGGGCUGGUUGACGCGCGACUGGGACCCGGGCAUGUACGGGUACGGCGAGGACGGGGUGCUCGCGGAUGGGGUGACGAGGGAGGACUCGCCCGAGACGUUGCAGCGGUGUCGCUGGGCGUAUUGGAAGGCGGUGCGGGAUAGCUUGGAGGAGCUUGAAGCUGGCCAGGCGGGGAGUCGAGAAGGAAAGGGGGGGGGUGAGUACGAGACGAGUGCCACGAUUAUCACCGAGAAUCUGCACAUUGCUGCUGCUGGGAACGGGCGCGCCAAUAUAUUAAAAAAGAUUGUCGAUGAAAUCGCGGCCGUAGUGGACGUGCCGUGUGAGAACGGCCCUGAGUUUUUUUACAUGGAGUUGGCCAUGGCUGGGCAGGGUGAGUGGAAGGAUGGGGUAAAGGAGGCAUUGCGGGCUGGGUUGGAAACGCUGCUUCGGGACCAGUUGCUGUAGGGUCGGGAGUAAGCUUUGGCAAGCAAGAGAAUCCCCCAGGGACACGCUUUACUUGUACAUGUGGCUCUUGAUCGAGAUGCAUAUGGUAUCGAGGACUGCAUGCGUCCAAUAACCCUAUACGUGCCGACGCCCGUAAAAAUUUCGAAUCACACUGCCUGUCUGUACUGACAAAUCCCACAAUCCACAUGUGAGAUCAAUCAACCCCAACAGUUUGCUUACCCAAGCCGACCCGGAUCACCAACAUCAAAAACGAUCAAAGGAGGCAAAAGCAAAAGCAAAAGGGAAGCACAUCGCGUCUGGACGGGAAUUGAGCCCGACGUGGGGGUCGAACCCACAACCUUGAGAUGGGUGAUACACGUUUGUAAGAGUCUCACGCUCUACCGAUUGAGCUAGCCGGGCGAUGCGUUAUUUGUUGGUGUUUCCGUAUGUUGGAAGAGUUUUUCUGUGCAUGGUGUUGAGGGCUGCUCCCAGUUUUUCGGUGGUGGGGGUUGGUGGGGUU